AUGAGUUCAAACGCAUCUACAGCUGGCUCUAUGGACGAGUCGAAAUUCCUCAAGCGCAACCGAGCCCUUCAUUUGACUCGAUUGGGGUUGUCUGCUUUGAUCAGCACCGGGGCUAUUGCUGUCAUCGCCUGUGAAGCGCAACCGCUGCGUCACUAUAAGACCACGGCCCAAUGGGAAAGUGCUGGUCUUGCUCUCUGGCCACUUAAUCUUGACGUGCGACCGACAAUCGCAGGUCUAGCUUGUGGCUGUGUGAUUGCUGCUCUGAACCUUGUAUAUAUGGUUGUUGCUUUACUUCCAUCUCCACACUCCCGUAUCAAGCUUCUCAACUCAUAUGCAUCCGCAUCGGCCUUCUCCGGGUUUAUCACAUCUCUCAUUGGCAUUGUCUUUAUCAUCUAUCGGCCGUCCGCAUCCUAUCCGAGCGGCUUCAGCAAGGGAGAGACUCUACACAGCUGGACAUGCAAAUGGGACACAUCGAGUGGAUCCACAUCCACUCCUGCCCACUUUGCUCGCGACUGCCACGAGACCCGUGCUGGGUUUGCAUUGUUGUGUGUUCUGCUCGGAUUUGAGAUUCUGAUGGGGCUUGCUGCUGCUGCUGGCACAUGGUCCCAGCGGGAUGUAUCUCGUCGUCGCGAUGCACAGGUCCAGUUGGAGAAAUUGGAAAUUGCGACUAAGCAAGCUUAUCGGCCGUAA